CGUCGCUCUGUUUGUUUGUACAGCCGAAGCAGAGUAGGAGGAGGAUGGCGGCGGUAGUGGUGCGCCGCCGCCUCGCCCUCGCCGGCGCCCCUCUUCUUCCCACCUACCGCCAGCUCGCCGCCGCCGCCAUCCCCAUCCCCAUCCCCAAGGUGAAUGAGGACGAGCAUUCGGGUGCUUUCCUGCGGUGGCUGCGGAGCAAGGCGGGGUCCGGCAUCUCGUCGGUGCUGCGCAUCGGGACCUCGCCCUUGGGAAGGUCCUUGUUCGCUUCGCAGCCCAUCCAGGAGGGGGACUGCAUACUGCAACUGCCUCACACUGCUCAGCUUACUCAAGAUAAACUUCCUCGAGAGGUCCGCCUGUUGCUCGACGACGAUGCUGCUGUUGCGGGAGACACAGCGGCCAAAGUAGCCGUGCUCCUUAUGAUGGAGCAGCGACUGGGACAUGAAUCGGGAUGGGCGCCGUAUGUUACAUCUCUUCCGGCCAAGGAUCAGAUGCACAACAUGAUGUUCUGGGAUCUGGAUGAGCUUGAUAUGGUCCGACAUAGCCCGGUCUAUGAUGAAGCCAUCAAACAGAAGGAACAAGUCAGGAAACAAUUUUCAGCAGCAAAACCAGCUCUUGAACAUUUUCCACAUUUGUUUGAAGAAAUCAAGCUGGAGGAUUUCAUGCAUUCUUCUGCAUUGGUUUCAUCUCGAGCUUGGCAGACUUCUAGAGGUGUAUCACUGGUUCCAUUUGCAGAUUUCCUUAACCAUGAUGGUGCUUCUGAUUCUAUAUUAGUGUAUGAUGAAGAGAAAGCUGUUUCAGAGGUCAUUGCCGACAGGAAUUAUGCUGUUGGUGAACAGGUCAUGAUAAGAUAUGGGAAAUACUCGAAUGCCAUGCUAGCACUUAAUUUCGGAUUUACACUUUCCAGAAACAUAUAUGACCAGGCACAUAUUUGGAUAGAUAUGUCAGAGCAAGAUCCACUUUAUAAAAAGAAGCUUGACAUAUGGGAAAAGCACCGUACUCCAAAAUCUCAACACAUGUGCAGCUCUGGCUGCGCUAGAACUUCUUUUGCUAUAAAGGAAGUCAAAUGCUCUGGAAACAAAGGGGUUGGGAUUCCACAGGCCUUGCGUGCAUUUGUUCGGAUUUUCUGUGCCACCUCAAUUGAAGAAUUGGAAGAGAUGACCGUGGAGGCUGCUGAAAAUGAUGGCCGGCUUGCGAGGCGUCCUCUGAAGCAUGCGGAGGGAGAAGUCCAUGCUCACCGCAAGUUGCUUCUGCACCUCGACAACAUGAUUCAGGGUCAUUCUACAGCUAUUGAGCAACUUGAAACCAUUGAUGGCGCUGCAUCUAGGAGCAUGCAUCCGUUCAGAAAAGAGAUGGCUAAAAAUUUACUUGCCGGCGAGCUACAGAUUUUGCAGAGUGCUUAUGCAUGGGUUGCAAACUACUGUAAAACUGUGGCAUGUACAUGAUCAUCCCAGCCUAAUUAUAGGAGCAUGCAUGAGAGGGAGCGUAGGAUUGCCAGCCCUGUUAAGAUGCAUGGGAAUUGGUGGCCACAUGCAUCUCGAGCACUUUUAUUGAUAUAUAGAUUUGAGGUGUGUACUGUGUAGUGUGCUGCUAGAAAUAUUAGGCAUGUUUGUAACCUAGGAAUUGACAUGAUUUUUGGAGGUUUGAUGUUUUUCAAUGAAAUUUAUGCAUUUUCAACA